UGUCCGGCCAGUUAGUCCGUCGAAUCAAGUGCCGAAAAACGAAACCCCCGAACAAGAUGUUCAAGCUAACGAUGCUGUUGGGCCUGGCCCUCAUCCUGGCUCCUUCCACGAUCCAGGCCAAAUCCCUGUGCCGCAGCAGCGGCUACUUCGCUUUAGAGGAUAACACACCCAACUUCUAUGCCUGCCAGUCCACCGGCUACGGUGGCUACACCAUGCGCCACCUGCGCUGCCCCGCUGGCCUGGUCUUCAGCUCCUCGAUGGCCCAGUGCGUCCAGUCCAUUUCCGCGUUUGAGGCUCGUGACGAUAGCAACAUCGAGAACCCCACCAUUCCGCCGAACAACCUGGAUGAGAGCACUACGGCUGCUUCUACCACCGAGAAACCAGCCACCGAGGCUCCUGCCACCACUGAGAAACCGGCCACUGAGGCUCCUGCCACCACUGAGAAACCAGCCACUGAGGCUCCUGCCACCACCGAGGCACAAACCACUGAGGCUCCUGGAACCACUGAGAAACCAGCCACCGAUGCUCCUGGAACCACUGAGAAACCAGCCACCGAGGCUCCUGGAACCACCGAUGCUCCUGGCACCACCGAUGCUCCUGGCACCACCGAUGCUCCUGGCACCACAGAUAAGCCAGCUACUGAUGAACCCGUAACCGAAGAGCCGUCGACCGACGAGCCGGCAACCGGAGAGACCAGUACCGAUGAGCCCAGCACCGAGACCACCGAUAGCGGCGACGUGACCACCAACACUGACGCGGGAACCACCGAGGUGGACAACGUGUGCGCCACCACCGGAUUGUUCCCAACGGAGAGCUGCACCCACUUCAUCGUCUGCAGCUACGCCGAAGGCGACGAGCUGAAGUCCUACACCAAGAAGUGUCCUGGCGAGAUGCAGUUCGAUCCCUUCAACAGCGUUUGCUCCGCAGCUUAUGACUGCACUGCCCCAAAGUAAUGGGGAAUCCUGUCGAGAACGGAUGAUGGUGUGCCCGAUGAAUUGGUGGUGUGCUGAAAACCAAGCGGAGCAAUAAAAGCAAUCGCUGCGUUAGCCAAACCAUUUGA